UCCAAACGGCAGGAGGGAGAUGGAGUGCGAAGCUUGCGUGCGGCCUCCAGAUACCAACCACUGUAAACCCAACCGCACGGCCCCGAUCCCACCCACUGCCACGCGGCUCUGCCAUCGCCGCCCUUCCGCCCCGUCGAUGACCUCGGCGUGAUUUCAGCAGUCAUGCCUUGCAAGGAAGAUGUGCCACUCUCCUCCCUCCCUACUUAAACCCUUCCUGCUGCAGCGGCUCUAGACACUAGACAGUGCUCCACGUUGCCAAUUCACCCCGAUUCCACGCUUCGUCCUUCCUUCCGGUUGGAAUCUGGCUAGCUUGGUCACCGGGUUGUUACUGUGAAAGCAUGAUGUGUGUGGAAGGGGCAUCUUCGGGUGCUUUAUGUCUUGUUUUUAUGUUAUUUGUUGUUCCUCAUUGCCUUUCUCAAAAGCUGGAGGCCAACCUGUCUGCGCUGCUUACUAUUGAUGCUUCACCUCAAUCUAAUCAUAUGAUUCCUGAGACUCUAUUUGGUAUUUUUUUUGAGGAAAUUAAUCAUGCUGGAGCUGGUGGGAUAUGGGCUGAGCUUGUGAGUAACAGAGGUUUUGAAGCUGGUGGUCCUAGCACUCCUUCAAACAUUGAUCCAUGGGCCAUCAUUGGAAAUGAAUCUUCCAUUUAUGUGUCAACUGAGCGAACAUCUUGUUUCACCCGUAAUGAGGUUGCACUGAAGAUGGAGGUACUCUGUGGCGAUGGGGAAUCUGUUGCCUGUCCUGAUGGUGUGGGCAUAUAUAACCCUGGAUUUUGGGGCAUGAAUAUAGAAGAAAAGAAGGUAUAUAAUCUUAUACUGUAUUUAAGAUCACCUGACUCUAUAGAUAUAUCCGUUUCACUUACAAGCUCAGAUGGACUACUCAAACUGGCUUCUACAAAUAUUGUAGCUGAUGCUUCAGAUGUGUCAAACUGGACAAGGGUGGAGCUACAGUUGGAAGCUAUAGCAACAGACAGAACUGCGAGGCUUCAAUUGACUACUACGAAAAAAGGAAUUAUUUGGUUUGAUCAAGUUUCGCUCAUUCCAUUAGACACUUAUAAGGGGCAUGGCUUCCGUAAGGAAUUGAUAUCAAUGGUCGAAGAUUUGAAACCACGAUUCAUUAGGUUUCCAGGAGGUUGCUUCGUCGAAGGUGAGUGGCUACGUAAUGCAUUUCGGUGGAGAGAAACCAUUGGUCCGUGGGAAGAGAGACCUGGGCACUUCGGUGAUGUGUGGAUGUACUGGACCGAUGAUGGGCUGGGAUACCUUGAGUUUCUUCAGCUUUCUGAGGACAUUGGUGCAGCCCCCAUAUGGGUAUUCAACAAUGGAAUUAGCCAUCAGGAUCAAGUGGAUACUACCAGCAUUUCUCCUUUUGUGCAGGAUGUUUUAGAUAGUAUUGAGUUUGCUAGGGGAAGCCCUGAUUCAAAGUGGGGCUCUGUUCGUGCUGAGAUGGGACAUCCAGAACCUUUUCAGUUAGAGUAUGUUGCAGUUGGAAAUGAGGACUGCUGGAAGAAAAAUUAUCGAGGGAAUUACUUGAAGUUCUACUAUGCCAUAAAAGCGGUUUACCCAGAUAUUAAGAUUAUUUCAAAUUGUGAUGGUUCAUCUAGUCCACUGGAUCAUCCUGCUGAUUUUUAUGAUUACCAUGUUUAUACCUCAGCUAGCAAUUUGUUUAAGAGAAAUAAUCAAUUUGAUCGCACAUCACGUACUGGACCUAAGGCUUUUGUUAGCGAAUAUGCUGUGACUGGAUCAGAUGCCGGGAAGGGUAGCCUUUUAGCAUCACUAGGAGAGGCUGCAUUCCUCAUUGGAGUAGAAAGAAAUAGUGACGUUGUAUCUAUGGCAAGUUAUGCUCCUCUGUUUGUCAAUACCAAUGAUCGCAGAUGGAACCCAGAUGCUAUUGUCUUCGAUUCCUGGCAGCAAUAUGGAACUCCGAGCUACUGGAUGCAAUACUUUUUCAGGGAAUCAAGCGGUGCGACUUUUCACCCUUCAAAAGUUCAAACCAACUCUAGUUCGUUGGUUGCAUCUGCUAUUACUUGGCAGGACCCAGCAGACAAUCAGAAUUACUUGAGAAUAAAGGUCGUCAACUUUGGGAAGGAUAGUGUGAGCUUGAAGAUCUCCAUUAAUGGACUAGAAUCUGCCAUUAACUCAUUUGGAUCGACAACCAUACUCACAUCCGAUAAUUUGAUGGAUGAAAAUUCCUUCGCAUUACCAAACAAGGUGGUGCCGGUUUCAAGCGUAUUGCCAAAUGCAGGGACCGCGAUGGAUGUCGUAAUUGCUCCACAGGCCCUUACUUCGUUCAAUCUGCCACUAGCUGCCGCUGAAUUCAGAUCUGCAAUUUGAAGCUUAUCAAAUGUAUGUGUGAAUAAAUAUCAAGGGUUAUGCUUCUGCUUAUGUACCAAAAUGGGCGUGUUGUUCUUCCAUCAGUAAAAUUAACUGGCAAUAAACCUUUUAUCACACGAAAUGACAUUGAUGAUUGUUCUGAUUAUACUAA